UAACUUUCAUUGGCUUGCUGGUCACUUUUUUUCAAUUCUCUCCUGAAGACGGAAGAGGAGAAUGGCAGGAACUAGAUCCAAAAAUCCCCAAUUAAUUCUACCUAAAAAACCCUAAUAAAAACGAACUCCCUCCACUUCACUCGCCAACGCCGGAUUUCUUUCGUUUACAUCACAGUCCGCUAGAAAUUACUCUUGGGUGGCCGAAAUGGCGGCAGUUCCGGUGGCCAGGUUCCCUAUCUUCAUCGUAGUCCGGCUGCUCGGGGUGAUCAUCGCCGCCUUAGUCCUAACGUGGACGCUUCAUUACAGAGGGGGAUUGGCUCUCGUCUCCGACAACAAAGAUCUCAUCUUCAAUGUUCAUCCAGUUCUUAUGGUGAUCGGGCUAUUACUUAUGAAUGGUGAAGCCAUGUUAGCCUACAAGACAAUCUCAGGAACAAAAAACUUGAAGAAACUCGUGCAUCUCGCGGUGCAGUUUGUCGCCCUCGUUCUCGGUUUGAUCGGCGUAUGGGCAGCACUGAAGUUCCACAAUGAUAAGGGCAUUGACAACUUCUACAGUCUCCACUCGUGGUUAGGGCUUGCGUGUGUUUUCCUCUUCAUCAUUCAGUGGGCAGCUGGGUUCAUGACCUUUUGGUAUCCAGGUGGUUCGAGAAGCAGCAGAGCGACCUUGAUGCCGUGGCAUGUCUUCUUUGGAGUCUAUAUAUAUGUGCUUGCUAUUGUUACAGCUAUAACUGGUCUCUUGGAGAAAGCCACGUUCCUUCAAGUCAACAACGUGAUAUCACGUUAUUCAACUGAAGCUCUGAUGGUGAACUCAUUGGGUGUCUUGAUUGUCGUUCUUGGUGGCUUUGUUGUUCUGGCGACAAUUAGUCCUCUUCAUGGCAAAGGGGAAAUCCCCAGGAAUGCCACGGAGUAGGGCGAUGGAUUGUCCUGUAAUUCGAGGUUCGCUACUGCACAUAGCACACAGGCUUCACUAGGGAAGAAGAAUGCCCCUGUAUAAAACCAGUCGAUACUUGAUACCUGUGGGGAUACUGGAAAAGUGAGGCUAACGAUGCCCCUUCUUCCUCGGGCUUACUGCAAAAAUGCAAUUUAAGGAUGUGCAAACUUUCCUAUUUGUUACCUUUUCAUGCUCCUUUAUCAUGGUUUUCCCAUUGAUCAAGUUUGGUACUUACUGUUACUGGUUUCUCUGUAUGCUCCUUUAUUAUGGCAACCAUGGCAAACACAUGGAGUUCCAACUCUUGAAUACAAUGCUCUGCAUUGGAAAGUACUGAAGAUGCUCCCAUGAAAGCUCGAGUAACUUCAUGCAUGAUAUAUCCGUAUAUGAGAAUGCAUUUAUACGAGUAUAUCUGUACAGUUGAGGCCUUUUCCUACCGACUUUCGAAGCAAUAACUGGCCUUCAAGUUUGGGGCGAGAGUCGACUGCUACAACCCUGAACUGCUUUCCAAGCUCAUGUGCAUGUAAUAGUAUCAUUUUCAACUACAGAGGAUGAUCCAUAUGUGAGGAGAAAAUCACCAUCGAUCCCUUAACUUGGUUGCUGCAUGCUUUACAAUCAUUUUAUCUGCCAGAUCUUUUCGUGUAUGAAUCGAUCAAAUAUCAGCCACCACAGUUGCUUUUGAUUAUGACUCAGACAAGUUUAGACAAGUUUAAGGGGAACUUGGCAAUUAGAUAUCUAGUCCCGUUUCGGCGUUUCCCAUGCUGAUUGGCAGAUUGAGAAGGUCUGACACUCGAUAAGAAAACGAAACAUAGCUACUGUAAGAAACAUGAGUUUUGAGUAUUUUUGUCAUUAGGACCGGGUUUGUCCGUUUAUUUAUCUUUUAUGAUUUUUAAAUGCAUGUUCAAACUAAGAGCACAUUACUAGACAUGCCAUAUUAACUAACAUAUAUAAGAACUUGACGAUGAUGGUAUAGUCAGACGAAUACUAGCAAAGGCCAGAGGGAUCCGAGUGUUGUACAUCUCCAUGUUUAUGAAACAUUCAGAUUCCAACAAUAAGGUGAAUUACAUUUGUUGCACAAUUGCAAGUCCCAUUCCCCGUACUGCUAACAUGGUGAAACACGCUUGAAACUAAACGAAACUUGGGCAAACUGGUCCUCUAGAGAUCCCCAGGCGAACCUCCAUUCCAUGAUGCAUGUCCAGAGGGCAAUAAACUUCGGAUUCACGAGGAUCUGCAGCAAACGAGAGCCCAUAUACAUUGUCAGAUGAACAACUUCUAAUAUCAUAAAACUAUCUAGCUUCACUUUCGAGCUUGUGUCAAAUAGCAAGUUUGCAAAACAUACACGAGUGUGUGUGUGUGUGUGUGUGUAAGAGAGAGAGCAUUGAAGUACUUUCAAAUAAACAAAAAAAAACAGAUAUAAUUAAUUAUAAGGGGCUCAUCAUCAGGACUUUACCAUUCAGAUAAUCUUCAAAACCAAAAUCAUCCAAGCUUCCUGUCAUGGCUUCCAAACCAACCAUUGAAGAAGGAAUAGGUCCAGGAGGUCUCUGAAAUCUGCAGACAUUUUGUGGAAAUAUGAAUGAGAAAAAUAUGAAGUGCAUAAGAAAACCAACCCUCCUUUGACCCAUUACCACUCCUGACAAGAAACCAGUACAAACCACCUACCAACUCAUGGUAUUUCUUACUCUGUGGUGAUAAUUCCAAGUUCAGAAAUAUGAGGACAAAGAUUGGAUUGAAAAGUGAAAGAAAAGAGGACAUACAGACAAUAAUAAAUUUAUCCAGUCAAUGGCGCAACAAUGAUAUGGUCAUUUCUAGCAUAUCACAAAUAUCUAUGGCAAUGACCAUAUCGGCCAGGAUCUAAAGAGACUCCAGGGAAUGAAAUGUUAUAUACUUU